CUUGUCAUGUUUACCAUGUAAUAUCAACAAUACUUCAUAUUUUAUUUAUUUUUUUCAAAUACAAUUUUGUUACAUCAGUUUAGACCAGCUAGCGGUUUGCUAUAAGUUUCAAGCUACGAAAUUUUAUAGCAAGCAUCGUGCGGCUCGCGUCGAGCAGUCCCCACGGUCCAGCGUCGACCAGUCGGUCUCGUCUCCGGACAUCCACAGGAGAGCCCUCAGGGGGGCCGAGAAGCCCGACGAGUUUGAUAAGCCCACUUUAGAUGCGCAGUCCGCUUCUGAGUCACAGCUGAUCAUCAGAGACAAUGAUCCAGAGCCGGGCAUUUGCCGGUUAGACCAGGACACGGCUCAGGGCGACCAGGUGUCAAGCCCGGAGCGCGGUGACGUCAUAGUCCGGGCAAGCGUCGCCGCGGUCGACGCCACUCGCAAGAGCACCAGGAUGCAUCGCGUGAGGGAGCUGCCGCCGCGGCAGGGGUCCGCCAAGACGGACCUGCUGGAGUGCCACCGCGCCGGAUACCGCCAGGAACGGACCAAAUGUUGCAACAGACAGGCGUUGCCGAAAAAAUCAAGAUCAUGCUCGCCUUUAAUGCCGGAUCCUGACGAACCGCUGUCGCGUCAGAUCCGAGAGAUCCACAACGACGCCAGGAAGAGCACCAGGAUCAUCAGGGACUCAAGGGCUAGACUUCUGGAGAUACAGAAGAAAACGACAAUAACCGAGGCGGACGUGAAGGAACUGGGCGAGAGGAACGAGCUGCUGCUGCGUGAGAUGGAGCGCUUCGACCGCAUGACGAAGAGUAUCCAGCGGCUGGUGGGCGGCGAGGUGACGGCGCGCCGCCCGCGCGACUACAUGCCCGCCAGCACAUACGAGCAAGCCCUGUACCACGAGAUGAAGAUGAGUCACCCGGCGGUGCUGCUGGCGGGCGCGCGCUCCGGCGGCGGCGGCCUCCUGGUCUGCGAGCCGCCAGCCAGAAGCAAAUCCGAAAUUGACCUGACUCGCAAGCUAAGUGAGAGCUACGACAUGCAGGAGAAACUUGCCGCCGAUAACGCUGAUUUAGAAGUCAAGAGGUAUAUAUUAUAUAAGGAGUUGAUGACGAAGGACCAGAAUCUGGAGACGUGCCGGGCUCAGAUCAAGAGGCUGCAGGGGGAACUGAAACUCAUGAACAGGGAGAACUGUCUGCUUCACGAGAAGCUGGAUAAGAAUAAUCCCAAGGGUGAUGCUACUACCUUGAUUCAAGACUCCACAUGUCAACUAGAUUCCGAUCUGAAAGAAAAAUCUGUCGAUACAACACACGCUGAUGAGCUUUUUAGCAAACUAGAGACUUACAGGAGUUCUACAGUACAAUUGGAGAAGCAGUUAGGUGGUUUGGAAUCCGAAGUCCACCAUAUUCGCCAAGAGAUGGAGCAGGUGAAGGGGGCUGCCGGCAGCGCCUGCCGCGGCGGCAACAGCUCCGGGCCCAACACUUGCUUCGACCAACCGGGGGGACCACCCGUACCUCCGAUGACUAGAGCUUGCGGUGUGUGCCCACCUUGCCCCGCACCAUGCAAUCCCAGUGCACCACCGACACCCGCCGAACGAGAAGUGCAGAAACUAACUAUACAGCUACGACAGACAGAAGAAUGCUUCAAAACAAAAGUUGCAGAGUGCGCAAUGCUUAGAUCUGAACUCGUGAAAAAGAAAGAAGAGCUAGAAAAGGAGAAAUGCCAGCAUCGAGAAGUACAGAACAAGCUGAGGGAACUGGAGAUGAAGUUUGAAGGGCUGGCGACUCACACGAACAUGCUGCUGGGCUCGAAGGAGCAGGCCUUCGAGCAGGAGGUGAACGUGAGGUCGUUGAAGCAGUGCUACCGGGAGGCGCGCGAGGAGAUCGACGAGCUCCGGGUCCUCAUGAAGGAGCAGAACGAUCAGCUGCAGGACUACAGGGUGAAGUACCUGCAAGCACAGCAACUAGUGGAGGAGCAGCGCCGACAAAUGGACAUGAUGGACAUGGACAAUACCAGGAUCAGUGAACAGAUCAACCUUGAGAUACAGAAAGUCAAACUAAAGUUCCAAGAGAAGUUGCAAGAGUUGUCUCCGAUCCCGGACCUGCUGAAGGCGACGCAGAUGCGCCUGAAGGACGCCCAGCAAGCGCAGGCCAUCGCCGAGCACAACGCUGAGCAGCUGGCGAGGGAGCUCAACUGCGCGAGGGAAAAGGUCCACGUACUGUUGCACAACAGCCUAAAGCCAUCGGAGAAGCCGCAGGAGAAGACCGCGGACGACAAGCAGAUGGCGAUGCUGCAACAGAGGAUCGCGCAGCUAACGGAGACCAACAUGACGCUCAAGACCGAGAUCGACCGGCUCAAGUCGAACGUAAUACGUAUGGAAGAAGCGGUGCUAGCCAACGAGAAGCGUCUGCAGGAGAAGAUGCACGAGUGCGCGCAGAUCGGCGGCGAGCUGGACCGAGCGCGGGACGAGGCGGCGCGCGCGCUGCAGCGGGCUAACGAGCGCUCCGAGACUAUACGCAAAUGUAUGCAGACAACUAUAGCUGAACUAGAGAAACAAUUGGCCACCUCCAGAGCACAAGUUAGAACAGCCGAAAAAGAUCGCGAAGAACUGCAAGUCCGCAUGCAGUGCCAGAUCCGGCGCCUGAACGAGAACUUCGAGCAGGCUCAGCUCCGCAUCCUGGGGCUGCAGACGCAGGUCCAGACCCUGCGCCGCACCGUCUCCAGCACCGGCGACGGCGAGGGUGACAACGACCUACAAGAAUGCGCCUGUAAAUCAUUCUUUGAUAACCCCUGACCACACGCAGCCAGUGGACGGAAAUUUGUGUACCGCUAAACGAGGUCAAUAGAUUUAUAUGUGGUGUGUUCAUACCAACAGCUUUUCUAAACAUGUUUUACGAAUGAUCAAGACGAAUGUUUUCAUGUAAACCCAUCAUAUACGACCAUCCCGAUAGCUUCUCUAACAUUUUCGUCUAUAUUCACCCCUGGAAUAUCUAUUCACCUAUUUUAGCCAGUACAUCAAUUCGGUUUACUUAAGUUGAGAAUACCAGUUAAAGUAACCGAGAGAAGAGCGAUGGGUUACCGCAUAAGCAAGCCUCGCCAGUGAGCUACCUUUCAAUUUGAUUGUAUAGUUUUACUCUAAAGGAUUUCCGAAUAAAAUAAAAGUAUCUUUAGACGCAUCAGUAUUUGUGACACUUUCGAUAAUUAAACGGUUUUUUCGAACUCUCAACAAAUAUCUUUAUUUGCCGGUGUGUGUUUUAAGAAUGUUCAGUUGUCUGGUCUCUAACUUUUCAGGAUUUUGGUACAAGAGUUCGUUUUCUGAAUGGUUGUGACGAGUGUCGUAAAUACUCUUUAGUCUCAAGUCCCGAUCUGUUUUUAAUACUUGCUAGUACUAAUAUUCCUAGCUGACUGUGUGGCUACCUUCUGCAGGUAGACUCACCAAGAUCGGCAAAGCACUGGACCCUUCGAGAAAUGUCUCCUUUUCGUCUUAAACUAAUCGAAAUAUUAGGAUCAAAUAUAGUAAAGUUUUAUCCUUGUUGUUAGUAAAAAUUGUACGAUUUUUUGAAAGGGGCUUUGUGUGGUUUCUUAUGCGUUUGAUUGUAAAUGCUAUCGUUGUGUUAGGUAUUAUAAGGCUGCUUGUGUAGGUAUUAGUGAUGGUAUGAGCCGUUAUGUAUUGCAACGUCAUUUUGGAAAAAAUAAAUAGUGUCCAAUUUA